AUGCUUAAACCCGAAGAUUUUAAAAGCCAUAUCAUUACAAAAUGCAAACUAUUGGAGUGGGCAGAAAAGAACAACCGAGAAACAAAAGGACGUGUAGAGUUACCGGCAUUGGAAGAUCUGGCAGCCAUCCAACAAAAUGUACGAAAGACUGAAUUUGUACAAAGUUCAUUUGAUCGUGAGGAUGAAGAUUCAAAGUCGUAUGUUAGUGACGAUGAAUUUUUUGGUGGGCUUGUUCAGCAUCCUUUUUAA